UGGUAGUACUAGUGCUAAUUUUAAUCACCUACCAGUCUAUAAUAAUUCUAUAUAAAUAAACUUCUGUCUCUACAAAUUGAAAAAGCAGGGGAGUUUAAAAAUAACUUGUCAAAAGUCUUAAAAACUUCACCGUUUUUUCUCUUCUCUCCUACACUUACACACACUCUCUCUCAUCAUCUCUAGAACUCGGUAAAGAUGUUUAAAGUUAAGGUGCUUGUGAUUCCGCUGUUUCUUUCAUUAUUUCUGAUUCCACUGGUCCUUUCAACAUCCAAUGAUGGAUUACUUAGAGUUGGAUUGAAAAAGAAGACAUUUGAUCAGAAUACUCGUGUUGCUUCUCGGCUUGGGUUGAAAGAUAGGGAGAAACUGAGAUCCUCCCUAGGGAAAUAUGUUCUUGGCGAACUUAGAGAUGUAGAGGAGGGUGAUAUUGUCGCCCUGAAGAAUUAUAUGGAUGCUCAAUACUUUGGGGAGAUUGGUGUUGGUACUCCUCCUCAGAAAUUCACUGUUAUUUUUGAUACUGGUAGCUCUAAUUUGUGGGUGCCUUCAUCAAAGUGCUACUUCUCGAUUGCUUGCUUCUUCCAUGCCAAGUACAAUUCUGGCUCUUCUAGUACUUACCAGAAGGAUGGAGAAUCUGCUGCCAUUCAAUAUGGUUCUGGAUCUGUAUCUGGUUUCUUCAGUGAAGAUAACGUGGAGGUCGGUGACCUUGUUGUAAAGGACCAGAAAUUCAUUGAAACCACUAGAGAGCCUAGCAUCACAUUCGUGGUUGCCAAGUUUGAUGGGAUACUUGGACUAGGGUUCCAAGAAAUAGCAGUUGGGAAUGCUGUUCCAGUUUGGUACAAUAUGAUUAAGCAAGGGCUUAUCAAGGAGCCUGUAUUUUCAUUUUGGCUUAACCGUAAAGAAGAAGACAACGAAGGUGGUGAACUUGUCUUUGGAGGGGUCGACCCAAAGCACUUUAAAGGCAAGCACACAUAUGCUCCUGUAACAAGGAAGGGUUAUUGGCAGUUUGAUAUGGGUGAUGUUCUUAUCAAUGGUAAAACUACAGGGUACUGCUCUGGUGGAUGCGCAGCUAUUGCAGAUUCUGGAACAUCUUUGUUGGCUGGCCCUACGACCGUUAUUACCCAGAUAAACGAGGCUAUUGGGGCUUCAGGUGUUGCAAGUCGGGCGUGUAAGAAUGUAGUUCAGCAGUACGGACAAACAAUGAUCAAUCUAUUGUUUUCAGAGGAAUCCCCUAAAAAGGUCUGCUCUCAAAUUGGUGUCUGUGCUUAUGAUGGCAGACAUGGUGUUAGCAUGGGGAUCGAGUCUGUGGUAGAUGAGCAGAAUUCUGACAGUUCACCUGAUGGGUUGCGUGAUGGUAUGUGCUCUGCUUGUGAGAUGGCUGUUGUGUGGAUGGAGAGUCAACUCAAGCAGAAUGCGACUCAGGAUUGUGUAAUAAGUUAUGCCGAUCAGCUAUGUGAUCGAAUUCCAAACCAAUUGGGACAAUCAGGUGUUGACUGUUCCCAAGUUUCUAAGAUGCCCCCAGUGGCCUUUACUAUUUCAGGGAAGGAGUUCGUACUUAGACCUGAGGAGUACAUACUGAAGGUUGGUGAGGGUUCUGCUGCACAGUGUAUCAGUGGAUUUACCGCUUUGGAUGUUCCCCCUCCCCGUGGACCAAUCUGGAUUCUGGGAGAUAUCUUCAUGGGGCGGUAUCAUACUGUAUUCGACUAUGGAAAUCUCCGAGUUGGAUUUGCUGAAGCAGCAUAAUAUUGCCUUGUAUGCCUAAUUUCGCGUGUUCAGUUAGUGUUAAGCCAUGGUUUCCCUUGUAAGCUUGUGACUGGAAUUUUCGCUUCUUUAAGUAACCAAACUAUUCUGUAGAAUGGCAGAUAUGCUUUUGUAAAUAUCUGAAUGUUAGUUUUAUUUACUUAAGUUAAAGCAAUACAAAUGGCUAAUCAUCAUAGCUUUCGCUUAUAAAGCAAUACUCCCGUUACUCUG